AUGGUUGUCAAGUGGACCCCCGACAAGGACUCGUUCAUCCUGAACCACCUCCUUACCAGCUCCAGCAUCAAGAUCGAUGCUUCCGUCCUCGACGAAAUGAUCGCUGCCUGGCCCGAGUCGUUUGGAGACAAGCCUACCAAGAAGGCCUUCACUGAGCACUUCGCCAAAGUCCGCAAGAACAACAAGGGCCUCGCUGGUGGUGGCUCUCCCGCCCCUUCCACCCCCUCCGGUGGCAUCAUCAAGAAGAAGACUCCCGCCUCCAAGACACCUGCAAAGCGCAGAAAGGCCAAGAACGCCAUCGACUCUGAGGACGACGACAAGGCUCCUCCCACCAAGACCCCCACCAAGCGCAAGAAGACCCUCGCUGUCUCUUCUGAAGAUGCCGAGGAUGAGGACAUGGACAACGAGGUUUCUGAUCUGGGCAUCAAGGUCAAGGCUGAGCCUGAGGACGAAGAGGAAAGUCCUUCCAAGAAGCCUGCUCUUCGUGGUGUCAGUGUUCCUAAGUAUGCUGAGAGCGAGGGAGAGGCUAGUCAUGCCAGUGGUGCUGAUGACGCUGAUGACUACAAGGAGGUUGAGGUUGACGCUGGAGCUGAGAUGGAGAUUUGA